AUGUGGAAAGUCGCGAUCGCGGGGGCUCUCGCGCUUUUUUUGCAGGGAUGCGAAAAUUCAGUGUCAGUGUCGGACGCUGAUGCAGACCUGCCGACCACACAGGUGACAACAGUGGGCGACACUACGAGCACGUCGGAAACAAGUGCCACUACGUCCGUCGGUGCUGCGACGACAGUGACGACAGCGACGACAGUGACGACAGCGACGACAGUGACGACAGCGACGACAGUGACGACAGCGACGACAGCGACGACAGCGACGACCGGGGGCGAAACUACGAGCUCAGCACAAGACAUGGAAGACUCCACAACACCAAGCACUACGAGCACUACCACAAGCUCUACGGAGCCUCCUGUCCUUGUGUUGACGAUGCAGCCCUUGGCAGCCCAAGGAGAGAGACGGCGCCUCCAAAGCGAGGAGCUGCGCUCCAUAAUUGAGGAGAUUCACUUUUAUCCCAUUCGUGUGGUUCUGUACGGCACUCCCGGGUGCCGGGAUGUAUAUUCUUCUGGGAUUCCACUGAACAGCACUGAUGGAGAAGGCAGGUUCACCUUGAACAUGUUUGAUGAGGCCAUGGCAGCCAACAAGACCUUCGAUUUUGCUGACCCCGUUGAUGUGAAACGAUUCUCCAGCAAUGUCGAAUUGACGCAGGAGAAGAUUGGCACCUACACGGACGUUUACCUGCACAUGGCCCGGAUCAUGCAAUCCACAGUGAGCACGUACACCUGGGAUUGUAAGGGGAAGAAAUUCGGCUGGUUUUACUCCAAAAGCGGCGCCAACUACACAGUGCCCGAGGUUUACGUGGAUAGCCGAGAUGAUGUAAACAUUUACCAGGGCGAUGCAAAUUACACCGAAGCUCCGGCAGAGUUGAGCUACUUCAAUACGCGCGUCGAUGAUUAUCAUGCUCGGCUCUCGCCAGCCUUCGAAAUUACGCAGGCAAAUUUCGAUGCUCCUGACAACGAGAGCGAUUCCACGUCAUUGUAUCUCUCCAUUGCCUACGACUUUGAGAAUCUCUUCUCCUACUCCUGCGAGCCUGAUGGCACAACAACGCAGAAAGGUAACAGGAACAGCGCUGGCUACCUUAUUUCAGCGUUGUCGCCAGGUUUCAUGGCUAUGGUGAGGACAUCAAACCAAUUAGUCUACAAAGCGCGGUACAAGAUCGACCUUCCAGGGUGGACAAAGCCAAGUUCGGACAUCUACUGCGAUUGCUACUUCAUCGACUCCGAGUUCAUGAGCAGCGUGGGAGUUCCCAGUGCUACCGAAGUGAUAUCCCUGCCACGCGAGGGCGCGGAAGUUUCUUCAACAAGGGCCGACAACCGUUGGUCCCGGCGCUGGAACAUGAAAGGGACCGAUCCAACAGUCGUGGUGCUCCUACGUGACGCCUCAGCUGAAGGGACCUCAUACACUCCAUACAUCGAGUUCUAUCCACUGAGGCAGCUCGGUGAAACCGGCUUGCUUCACAUGAACUGGGCUCCUGAAGGCGAGGAGGAUUGGUAUAGCAACACGACGUGGUUUCAGACAUCCUAUUCCCUUCAGUCACUUACAACACUUGACUAG